CUGGUUCUACGUUUGACAAAGGGAACAUGGUUCAGUCUAUUACUGACCUCUACACUGGGGCAUUAGAGACAACAGCCACCACUUUGCACUGGGCACUGCUAUACAUGGUUGCUUACCCAGACGUCCAAGAUAAAGUCAGAAAGGAGUUAGAAGAUGUUUUGGGUAGUUCCCAAACAAUCUCUUAUGAGGAUCGGGAGAGGCUGCCCUUCACCAACGCCGUCCUUCAUGAGAUUCAGCGCCUCAGCAAGGUCAUCAUCACUAGCUUCCGCUGUUGCACCAGAGACACAGAGCUGCAUGGCUUUCCCAUUAAAAAGGGCGCCAUGACGUUGUUCAACAUAGGAUCUGUUCUCUGCGAUCCCAAGCAAUGGAAGAAUCCCCAACAAUUUGAUCCAACUAAUUUCCUGGAUGACUCUGGAAAGUUCAUGAACAGAGAAGCCUUCUUACCAUUUGCAGCAGGAGUUCGUGUGUGUUUGGGGGAGAAGCUGGCAAGGACUGAACUCUUCAUUUUUUUUGUCUCCUUGAUGCGGACAUUUACCUUCCGGCUGCCGGAGGGAGUGGAGCGGAUCAAUACGCAGCCUAUUCUGGGACGGAUUAGAUCGCAUCCUCAGUCUUAUCGACUCUGUGCCGUCCCUUGCUAAGAGGCCUCGCUUCUUUUUCUAGACCAGUAUCUCUUGUUGAGUCGACCUGUUAACUCCUUAAUAGAUGUCCAAAUUGGAUUUGGGAAGAGGGAAAUCAACAGAGGAAUGGCUAGGAAUAACUGACAAGAAACUUUCAGGUUAUCCAGUGGUGGGGGACCCUUUAAAACUGACAUUUCAUCUGGGGAUGCAAAACGUUAGAAUUGCCUUAAUUGCCUUUCUCUUCCAAAGACAAUAAUCCAAGAUAAAAAUCUAGAGAUGCCUUGUUGGUGGAAGAGACAGAUUGUCAGUGAUUUACCCAAACACAAAUCUAUGAGAAAGUUAAAACGGCCAUUAAACUAGAAGUAUGCAAAGGGAUCUUGUAGCACCUUUGAGACUAACUGUGC